CCCAGGCGGCAAUGACAGAGAGCAAAGUGGUUGGGCGGAUGGAUCUGCCAUUGAGCUUUCUAAGAACUUGUGUUUUCUCCGGUGGUUGACCCCCCCCGGAGGCCAGGACAUGUUAACACGAGUAUCUCCUCAAGGCUGCAAGCGCAUCUAGAACACUGUCACAACUCACAACACUGCAACAGCGAAGAAGAAGGGUUGCCAUUGGCUGUGUGAAUAUGUAUGCAGGCUUUCAGCCCGGGAAGGAGAUCCAUCUCAUGGCCGCACGGGGUUUCGAGAGAUUUUCACGCUGGUUUCAGCGAUCCUCUGCAGCUGCAGGUGGUUCCAAGGACGAAGACGACCGCAGCGAGAGGAAUGGCUUGCUGAGGAGCCAAUUGGAUCAGGUCGUGCCGGUCACGGAUUGUGCUGAUACAUCCAAGGCGUUAGCUGUCCAUAUGGAACCAAAGACCGUAGCACUGAAGGUGUCCAUGCACUGCCAUGGCUGCGCAAGGAAGGUCCAGAAGCAAAUCUCCAAGCUGCAAGGAGUCGUAUCCUUCAGAGUGGAGCUGGAGAGCAAGAGGCUGACCGUUGUCGGGAAUGUUAGCCCCACGGAAGUUCUGGAGUGCGUGUGCAAGGUGACGAAGCAUGCAGAGAUUUUGCAGGCUCCCUAGUGAUCUUUCCAGUUCCGAUGAUAUACAGACAGCUGUGAAUGUGCGAUACAUACUGCAGUACUAUCGGAUUGACGUGGAGUUAAAUUUGGUAGCGCAAAAAUACUGUGAUUCUCCUUUCAAGAGAAAUAAAUCCUACUGUAGAUCUCAGUAUAUAGUAACCCGCUAUUAGCUACCUACCCAACUGACUUUUUUUUUGCUGCUUCUUUUCACUGAUUUAGCUACAAAAAUUUGAUAAACUGAGAGGUGACAAAACUA